UGAGAGUGUCAGAUAGCUCCACCGCAGCUCUCGUUCGCGCGCUCUUUUGCGCCCGUGUCGGCCGAAAAGGAUGCCGGUGACAAAGACCAUCCUCAAGGAUGGUGACAAAACAACAUUCCCCAGAAGAGGGGACAAGCUGCGGAUGCACUAUGUGGGCACCUUUAAGACUGGUGAAGUCUUUGAUUCGUCCCGGAAAGCUGGACAGCCCAUCGGAUUUCAAGUGGGCUUGGGACAGGUGAUCCGAGGAUGGGACGAAGGAGUAAUGCAAAUGAGCCUUGGUGAGAAAGCCAGACUGGACAUCACCUCCGACUUUGCGUACGGUCGUCAAGGUGCCGGGGAUGUGAUUCCACCCAACACAGACCUGGUUUUUGAGGUGGAGUUGUUGGCCAUCAACGAGAAGGAAGCCCCCAAGGACUUUGCUGACCAGAUGCUCUCCUGUGUGUGCUAUGCAGGCGUUGCCGUGCUUGCAUUGAAGCUGUGCGGCUUCCUGUAAAACUUUAAGCACGUGCGGAGAACGUCAACGCCAUCUACUGACACCUGUCAGAGUUGCGCAAAGACACGCUUUCUGCACAUUCAAGGCCAAGGUAUUAACCUCCAAAUUCAUGCCUGAAGACAGAAUCUAAAGAUAUCAAAAGAGUGUUCAAACAUCUGACAGCUCCUGCGUGCUAUGAAGUUCACAGAAGCUGUGAAAGGCCCAGUCUCUUGACUGUCAUAUGACAAGUGCCGGUUAA